CGCGGCCCGCGGGCGCGUGGGGCCCGGCCCCAAGAUGGCCGCGGUCUGCAUGCGGCUGCCGGUGGCCCGCAAGCCCGUGGGGCCCAGCGCGCCCCGCGGGGGCGAGAAGCACCUGGUGGCGCCGGGGGACACGAUCACCACGGACACGGGCUACAUGAGGGGCCACGGGACGUACGUGGAGGAGGAGAAGCUGAUCGCCUCGGUGGCCGGCGCCGUGGAGAGGGUGAACAAGCUGGUGUGCGUCAAGGCGCUGAAGACCAGGUACAACGGCGAGGUUGGCGAUAUCGUGGUCGGGAGGAUCACGGAGGUUCAGCAGAAGCGAUGGAAGGUGGAAACCAAUUCCAGGCUGGAUUCAGUGCUGUUGCUGUCAUCUAUGAACUUGCCGGGUGGGGAACUGAGGAGGAGAUCAGCAGAAGAUGAGCUUGCAAUGAGGGAUUAUCUGCAGGAAGGGGACCUCAUCAGUGCAGAGGUCCAGUCUGUGUUUUCUGACGGGGCUGUAUCACUGCACACCAGGAGUCUGAAAUACGGGAAGCUUGGCCAGGGUGUGCUCGUUCAGGUCUCACCCUCCCUUGUGAAACGCCAGAAGACUCAUUUCCACGACUUGCCCUGUGGUGCAUCUGUGAUCCUUGGCAACAAUGGUUUCAUCUGGAUCUACCCAACUCCAGAGCAGAAAGAUGAAGAGGCAGGAGGCUUCACCACCAACUUGGAGCCAGUUCCCUUGUCUGACCGGGAGGUGAUCUCACGGCUCCGAAACUGCAUUGUGGCUCUGGUUACUCAGAAGUUGAUGCUCUUUGACACCAGCAUCCUGUAUUGCUAUGAAGCAUCCCUUCCUCAUCAGAUCAAGGACAUUCUCAAACCAGAGGUGAUGGAGGAGAUCGUUCUGGAAACCCGACAGAGGUUGCUGGAGCUGGAGGGAUAGGGAAGUGGCCAGAAGCAGUUAUUUCAAUUCCCAGCAUGGCAGCUUUUGUGUUGUUUUUUUUUUUUUUCCUGGUGUUGUAGCCCCAACAUUCAUUCCACACUUCAGAAACCACCAAAAUUCUUAAUUUUAACUCCCCAGGAUACCUCCUGAUCCCUUUUAGUACAAUAGUACUAAAUAGUACUUAAGUACAAUAGCCUUUUAGUGCAGCAGCCUGAAAACUUGGUAUCUGACCUUAAGGAAGAUGCAGAUGCAACUGGCAUGUAUCUCAUAGCAGUUGUUGCUGUGUCUAGUGCCCCUGAACUUUGUGCAGAAUGAUAGAGGAAGGGAUGAGUUUUGUGAUGUUUCUCUCUCCCCAAAGACUUUCUAAUUUUUCUGCAUUUUCCUUUACUGGUGGAUCUGCCAGUCUGUCCUCUGACUGAAAGCUCUUGUUUUUCUGUUGAAGGCUGCAGGUGACAGGUACAAGUCUUUAGAGGGCAGGAGUGUCCACACCCUUACUAACUGCAUUUUGGGUCUGGCUGUUCAUGGCUUCUGUGACUCCAGGGGAUGAGUUUGGAUGUGGACAUGCUGUGGCUGGCCACAUGAGCCAGGGGCCAUGGGUGAGCAGUGCCUUCUCAGUCUGUGUGCAUCCUGCUGGUCCUUUUUUAACACCUGAUGUGGUGAGCUCCUCCUCUGGGGAGGCUCCAGGAUUGUUUUCUAUUAAAUAUUUUACAUUUCAAUAAAUUUUUCAAAACUGA